AUGGCGCUUGUGAAAAUACUGUUGCUUGUUUCCCUCCUGGCUAAAGGUAAUGGUGAAUGUUUGUCGGACAAUGACUGCGUUGACUUACUGAUGUGUUGUGAAAAUAGCUUCUGUUGUGGAAACGUAUGUAUGGCAAGCUGCCAAAGACACAUUUGUAUCUUAACUUCUGAUUGCCGUAAUCCCAAUGAAUUUUGUUGUGACGAUAAUAGAUGUCAUCUCGAAAGGUGUCCAACAAUUUCGAGUUCUGGGUACAUCCUUUUAUUUGUUAUCAGUUCUGUGUGCGGUAUGGUAAUAACUGUUUACUUCCUGUUACGUUUCUGCUGUUUAAGUCCUGAUGAAUCUGCUCAGGAAACUUUCAUUAUUUCAAAAACGUACCGGGGAUCUAGCUCAAAUGUUGGUUAUUACGAUUCGCCUGUUUAUCCUGAACCAAGUGCUCCACCAGCUCCACCAUAUAGUCCUACAUCUCCUAACCUAAUGGAUACGGCUCCGGGAGCGGCCGUGUAUUCUGCCACAAAUGUUAACCAGGGUUCUACUGUUUAUCCUGAACCACCACCUCCGUAUAACUACUAA